ACUGGUCUGUCUUUCACUUUCCUUCUCCCUCUCUCAUUCCUCUCUUCCUCCCUCUGUUUCUUAUGCCUCUCCAAGACAUUCCAGAUGUGGGCUAGCCUGGCUCUAUUGCAGUUAUACUCUACCUCUGGCUACAAAUGAUAACAAAGACCAGAGUUGUACAGUACCACUGCUUGGCUGGGUCCUUCACUGCUUCCCUGCUCCUUUUCUAUUUGACAGGACAGACUUAAUGACAGCCACUGCUGCUCUGGGAUCGCUACCCUCCAGGAUAUUGAGAUUACACUGACAUUGUGGCUUUAAAGUGGGCUUGAUUGUUUUUUGGAUAAGCUUUUGAGGAAGCAGACAGUCCAAGGGUAAGCCUGACAGGGCUGGAUGGAUUCAAGUUCCACAAGUGGAAAGAUUUCAAGUGUUUGGCUGCUGGAGAUUUGUUUGACUGUAAAAUGUAGUCAGCUAAAGCCAACUGAAUUCAGGGUGUUAAUACAAAACAUUUUUGCCUCAAACAAUGUGAGGAAAAUGGCUAUUGUGUUUCACUUGUAGAUUACAAUGUGAUGUGUCAAACUGUAGCAUAUACUUAUUAGACUACUGCUGGCACUUGCAACAUUUCCAGCAGGGAGUAAAACCAUUAGAGCAAAUUUUCUGUCCUUCGUCCACAUGUUUAUUUUGUUGUCUGGCCUUGCACUGAUUCCAGGUGAAAGUUACAUCACUGCAUCUGGAAAUUAUUACCACAAAGAAAGAAUCUAAGUGAUGUUCGGUCGGAAAACAAGUUUGGUCAUGUGGCGGCUCUGCCUGGCCUCCAUCCAGAUCUGAUUCCCCGGCUGGUUUCAUCAGAAAAAGAGUACCUUAAAAGGUUGACAGAGAGAAACAGAGAGACAGACAGAGGGAGAAAGUGAUUGAAGGAGGCUGGGGAAGGGAGCAUUUCCCGUAAUCACAUCAUGAAGGCGGCGCUGUCCUCCCCUUCCUGUUUUCUUUCGUGUCUCAGGCACAGUCCAGGUGACAUGAGCAGUGAAUGCGGUGGAUCUCCUCUGUCGUUGCAGACACAGGGACAUCACUCUGCUUCGUCCAAGCCUAAAACUCUCUGUAGGAUGUCUGAGGGAGAUGUUACAGUGCUGCCGUUUGGAUCUGCGUCUCUGGACCUGUCCAGGCAGGAGCACCGGACACUGACCAGACUGUACAGCCAGAACGGAGGAUAUCACCUGAGGAUUUUACCAGAUGGAACAGUGAGUGGUGGCAGGAAGGACAAUGACCCUUAUGACAUCCUGAGGCUGAAGGCUGUGAGAGUAGGAGUGGUAGUCAUCAAGGGUGAGAUGACAGGAAGGUACCUGGCUAUGAACAAAAAUGGACGCCUCUAUGGAUCACAAGCACUGAACGAUGAGUGUUACUUCCUGGAGAAGUAUGAAGAAAACCACUACAACACAUAUUGUUCUCAGAAGUACAACUGGUAUGUUGGGCUGAAGAGGAACGGCAAACCCAAAGCAGGACCAGACACCCACCAGGGUCAGAAGGCCAUCUUUUUCCUCCCAAGGCCCGCAGGCAACAUGUAAAGCAACCAGGAACCAUGGACACGCUCACUGAAGUCUUUAAAUGCACAUUAAAAGUGCAGUUUUACGCUGGGCAAAGUAUUCAGAGGUCACUAAAAUCAGUACAAUAGGGCAGUAAAGCCUUAGGCAAACAUAAUGCUGUUGUUACAGUUAGUUUAAUGUUAAUAACCUAAAUGUUUGUUUAUUCCUCUUGUUUAUGCAGGGAAUAUGUGAUCGGGCUAACUGUAUAUGAUGAUUAGAGAGAUAUGAGCUAAUAUCCAGAAUACUUUCUGCCUCUAAGCACAUAUACACCCUUUCACUGCAGACAGAAAAUGUGUGCGGUAUCAGUGAAUGUCAGUCUUGAUAAAUGGUUGUUCACUUUGAACCCAAGUAUGAAAUACCACUGCUGGAAGCCAGCAAUGGACCACUUUUACUCAGAAAUAGUUUUGGAAUUGAUCACGUCUAGCACAAAGGAAACCAACAAGGCAGUAAAAAUAAAAAAGUCGACCAUCUGGCGUUGAAUUAAAACUCAAGCAACCAAAGUCUACAGUGCCGGGAAUAAUAGCAGUAAUAACAUUAUUUCAGUGCCUUGCUUAACAGUACUUCAGUAGGGCGGAUGUUUGCUGACUGAGGGUUACCAGUAACCAUCGUUUGAUCUGCUGAACCCUGUUUGGUGCCCAUUUCUAUAACCACUUGUGUUCUGUCUGAAAUGUCAGCAAAUUCAAAAGGUCAUUUUAUGAAAGCUAUGAAAGUUUCUUCACACAAAUGUCUGCUGGUGAUAAAACAGACUAAAAUUUAAAACAUCAAAGUGUGUCCACAAGGAUUAUAGUUUUCAAGUUUACUUUAAGUUUCAAUUUUAGGUCAACGGACAAAGUUGAUAUGACAUAAUCUUAGUGCUAAAAUGCUCCUCUUGGAAACAGCAACCCUUGUUCAUGAUAGGGUUCGCCAUGACAACAGUGAAACAUUUGUAUAAUUAUAUUGUAUCAUUAUCUUGUUAUUAUGUGCCCAGGUCAGCUGACAGUCUUCAAGGUUGUUUCAGUAAUCAGUGAAGUCACUGUUGAGUUGUAUGUUUAGGGACAGGAGGACCCAAAGAAGAACAUCUUGGUGACAACAAAUACUCAAGUGUGGAUUAUUUGAUUUUAGUUAUAAGGAGGCAGAGACGGACCAACUACUGACCAUUCUGCCCUGGACCACAAGUCACAAAAAGCUUCCUUUCACUGGCUCUGCUUCACAGCCCAACAGAUCUUUCUGUAGACAUAUUUGUUUGUUUUUUUUUGUAGAAACACGUUACUGUAACAUUAUACUAGGUUAAAUUACUAUUGUGAAUAAUUAUUUAUAAAGUUUUAUUACUAAUAAAAUUUUAUUCUUCUGAACAUUGUAAUGGACAUUUUCGAAAUAAUAAUUUACACAUACAUUGUGAAGGAGCAAAAAGGUAAUAUGAUCACCUUUUCACAAAGUAAUACAUAUUGUAUUAAGAGUAUUUAAAUGCAUGAAAUAAGUCUGCAUUAUUAUGCAUAAAAAAUGAAUUGUUUGUUUGAUUUACUAUAACUAUGACUAUUGUUCUUCCUAAAACAUAGACAUGUGAAUAAAAGUUUAUAACUGUA